ACGUUGGGUGGUUGUGGGCGGUUGGUCUGGGACGUCGUCUCAGAGCGCGUGAACGGAGGGACCCGCGAGCUGCAACUGCCGCCAGUGCGUGUCUAUGGAGAGAGCCGGCGGCAACUGGCUUUACCCCACCACACUGCUCUGUAUCUGUGGGUUUUUCUCCAAUGUACGGCCGUCUGAACCUUUCCUCACUCCUUACCUAAUGGGACCUGACAAAAACCUGACCGAGCAGCAGGUGAAUGAGAUUUUUCCAGUGUGGACUUACUCCUACUUAGUGCUUAUGUUUCCCAUCUUUCUGGCUACUGAUUACCUCCGAUACAAACCCAUCAUCGUUCUACAAGGCGCAGCUUUGGUCAUUACCUGGUUGAUGUUGUUGUAUGCCCAAGGACUACUGGCAAUGAAGUUUCUGGAAUUCUUCUAUGGAAUGGUAACUGCAUCGGAGGUGGCUUAUUACUCCUAUAUCUACUCCGUAGUGGACUCUAAUGUGUACCAGAAAGUAACUGGAUACUGUCGUUGUGCCACUUGUGUUGGGUACACAGUGGGAUCAGUUACUGGACAAAUCCUGGUCUCAUUUGCUGAGGUGUCCCUCUUCCACCUCAAUGUUAUAUCAUUAGUCUGUGUGGCAAUUGGUUUUAUUAUAUCAAUCUUUCUUCCAAUGCCACAGAAGAGCAUGUUCUUUCACAGAGUGAAAGGAGACCAUAAUGGACUCAAAAUCGAAUAUGAUGGUGUAAAGUCAGAAGAAGAAGAAUCUGCAUCAAUGAUGCCACUAAACUGUGAUAAUGCUGACAAUAUGCUAAAUGAACAUCUGGCAGAACCAAUGGAUAGCACCUCAGAUGCCACUGAAACUACGAAUAAAAUGCCCUUCAAACGAAUAUGCGUUGUUCUUGCAAUGUUAUGGAAGACUUUUUUGCAGUGCUAUUCUUCUUGGCCACUGCUCUGCUGGUCAGCAUGGUGGGCGUUAUCGACUUGUGGCUAUUUUCAGAUAGUGAAUUACAUUCAAAUCUUGUGGGAGCGAAUACGUCCUUCCCAGAAUACCCAGAUUUACAAUGGAAUGGUGGAAGCAGCAUCUGCGCUUUUGGGUGCUGUGGCAGCAUUUGUUGUAGGUUAUGUAAAGAUAUCGUCCAUCUGGAGUGAAGUUUCACUCCUGGUCUUUUCUCAUGUUGUUGCUGUUUCAGUGUUUCUGAUGGACAUUGUCCAAAAUAUCUGGGUGUGCUACAUCUGUUACAUUGUUUUCAGAAUUAUUUACAUGAUGCUUAUUACUGUAGCAACAUAUAAGAUUGCUGCAAAUCUGAGUGUGGAGCUGUAUGCUUUGGUGUUUGGUGUAAAUACAUUUGUCGCCUUAGUUCUUCAGACUCUGUUGACCUUGAUUGUGGUGGAAUCUAGUCUCCUGAAUUUGGACAUAUUUGGACAGUUUCUGGCUUAUUCAGUUUACUUUGGUGCAGUUGCUGCGUUGUUCCUGAUCUUUGGUGUUUAUAACAUUGUGAAGAAAUACAGAGAAAAGCCGAGACCACGUGAAAACGUCUCAGUUCGUUUGGACUGCAGGAACGAAGUGACGCCAAAGACAUCUUGAGCAGGCAUCAUCGAAUCAUACAAUCCCCACAUCAUGGAAGCAGGCCAUUCAGCCUAUUGAGUCCACACCGAUCCUCCAAAGUGCAUUCCACCCAGACACUACACUUCCAUCCACCUUAUCCCUCUAACCCCACAUUUCCCAUACCUAGCCUGCACAUCCCUGAACACUACGGGCUAUUUAGCAUGGCCAGUCCACUUAACCUGAACCUCUUUGAAAAUCAUGCUUGCCAUAAGACUGACUAAAGACCACUUUUGGAAUGCGUAGUUUCAUAUUUGUGCAGUUAUGGUAUAGAAUUACAAUAUGGCCACAUUAACUGCAGUCAAACGAUUUGUUUUUUUUCGCACUAGAUCAUUAACCAGAGAAAAGCAAUAUACUGCAGACGCUGGUAAAUUUAAAAAAGGCUGGAUCAAACUUUAACAAAAACAGAAAUUGCUGGAAAAAACUCAAGUUUGGAACCAUCUCUGGACAGAAAGCUAGGUUGAUGUUACAGUCAAGUAAUCCUUCUUCAGAACUGAUCAUAACUAGUUAAAAAUUGGCAUGUAGAUGGGGUGAGGGAGAAGAAAUAAAUGAUAGGUGGAGAAGGAGCCCAGAGAGAGAGACACAAAGGAAUAGGUGAUGGUCCACUUAGGAGAAUCACCUGCUGAUGGGGACUAUUUUGUGGCUAACAAUGGAUUGGUUGUGGUAGCAGCUCAUGUGACAAGAUCUGGUAUGUGGGGGUAGGGAUAAGAUCAUGGAGAUGAUGUUCAGGCCCUAAAAUUAUUGACCUCAAUACUGUCCAGAAGACAGUAGGGGCCCCCAAUGUAAAAUGAGGUACUGUUCUUCCAGAUUCUGCUGAGCUUCUGUGGAGCACUGUAACAAGCCUGAGACAAUGACGUUGGCCAGGAAACGUAGUGAUGUGUUGAAAUGGCAGGCAGCCAGAAGCUCAGGGUCAUUUUUGCGGAUAGAACGUAUGUGUUCCACAAAGUGGUUUCCUCUCCUCAACGUAGAAGAGAAUACAUUAUGAACAGUGAAUACAGAAGAUUAAAUUGAACAAAGUACAAGUAAGUUGCUAAUUCACCUGGAAGGUGUCUGGGUCCUUGGGAGGAAGUAAGUGGCAGGUGUUGCACCUUCUGUGAUUUGAAUGGAAAGGUGCUGUGGUGAUGUGGGAAAUUCGGGAGUGGACCAAGGAGGGCCAGAGGGAACGGUUUCUGUGGAAAACUAUUAAGAGGGGAAGUGAAUGUGUCUAGCGGUGGCAGAAAUGGUGGCUAAUGAUCUUUUGGAUGUAGAUGCUGUUUGGGUGGUAAGUGAGGAUGAGGGGACUGAAUUACUCUUGUGGCAGGAAAGUGAGGGCAUGAGGGUAGAAAUGCAGGAGAUGGAUUGGCUGAAGACCCUGUCGGCCGGGGAAUCCUGGGUUUCAGAAGAAGGUGUAUAUUUCAGGGACCCCCUUGUCAAAGUUGGCAGCAUUGGAACAGAUGUGAUGGAGAUGGAGGAACUAGGAAAAUGAAAUGAGCCUUUACAGGAAGCAGAGUGCAAAGAUGUAUCAUCAAGGUAGCUGUGGGAGUUGGAGUUUAUAAUGGAUAUUGCUAGUCUAUCCCCAGAAAUGGAAAUGGAUGUCAAAGAAGGGAAGGGAUGAGUGUGAUGGGACAGGUAGAGGUGAGAGCAGAGUGUAAGUUGGAAGCAAAAUUGAUAUACUUUUCCAAUUCCGUGAAGAGGGAAGCAGCACUGAUGUCAGCAAUAUACUAGAGAAGGCAUUGCAUGUGAGGCUAGAAUAAGAGCGUAACAAGGAAUUUUCCAUGUACCCAGCAAAGAGGCAGGCAUAACUGGUACCCAUGGCCACACUUUUUUGAUCUGAAGAAAGUUUACAGAGUUAAAGGAGGAGUUAUUCAAUGUGAGGACAAACCCAGCUGGGUAUAGGAGCAUGAUGAUAGAUGGGGACAGUUCAGGCUUUUUUCCCCAGGAAAAAGCAGAGACUAUCCUGAUGGGGGAUGGAUAUGGAGUGUUUGCACAUCCGUGGUAAGGAAGAGGUGGUUGGAACCUGCGAACUGGAAAUUCUGAAACAGAUUUAAAGCAUCAGAAGAAUUGCAGAUGCAAGUGGGAAGGGACUGGACCAGUGGAGUAAAAUUGGAGUGUAGGAAGAGAUGAGUUCUCUGGGGCAGGUGCAGGUAGAAAUGGUGGGUCUGCCCAGACAGUCCUGUUUGUGGAUUUUGGGAAGGAGGUAGAAGCUGGCUGUAUUGUGUUGGGGUCUAUGAGCUUUAGAGGCUUUUGGCAGGGAGUAGGGAGAUCACCAAGAUAAUAUAAGAUUAAUGACCAUUGUGGACACAAUUGCCUGGUGCUCAGUUGUGGGGUCAUGGUCCAGGAGAAGAUAGGAAGAGAUAUAAGAGCUGGUGCUUAUCCUCCACAAUGCAGAUAUCAGUCCACCAGACAAUAAUAGAGCCACCCUAGCGGUCAGGCUCGAUUACAAAGUUAGGGUUAGGUCUGAGUGCACAGAGUGCAGUCAGUUCAGAGGGACAGAGGUUUGAAUAGGUAAGUUACGUAGAGUGGGGCAGACAAAUUGAGGCAACCAAGUUCAUGUCGACAGUUCAUGAUGAACAGGUGGAGUGCCGGUAAAAUGCUGGAGGGAGAAUCUUGGUGGUGGGUGAAAGGGUCUGUGAUACUCUUGUGCAUGGAAAUGUGUGUGGAGGCAAAGGCAACAGAAGGACAGUUGUACCUGAAAUUCAUUGUGGAAUGCAGAGGAAUAAAACUUAAGACCUUUGCUAAGCACAGCAUUCUUUCAUCAUUUAUGGGAUGAGAGUGUCGCCACUAGACAGCGUUUAUUGCUCAUCCCCAAUUGCCCAGAGGGCAGUUAAGAGUCAGCCGCAUUGCUAUGGGUCUGGAGUCACAUGUAAACCAGACCAGGUAAGGAUGGCAGUUUCUUUCCCUAAAGGACAUUUGUGGAUGGAAUGGGUUUUUCUGAUAAUCAACAAUGGAUUCACGGUCACCUUUUAGAGUCUUAAUUCCGGAUAUUUAUUGAAUGAAAAUUCUAUCAUCUGCUGUGCCAUGAUUUGAACAGAGAACAGAGUGUCCGAAUGGAUAGCAAAUACAUGCCAGGAGGUGGGAUUAGGAGAAAUACAAAUCUGGCAGCAUCAAUAGAGAGAAAUAUAGUUAAUCUGUUGAGUGCAAUAAUUUCUUCAUAUCUGAAGAAAAAAUAUUGGUCUCAAUUUUAACUCUUUCUCUUUUCACUGAUGCUAACAGACCCAUUAAAUUUGUGCAGUUUUUUUUUGUUUAUCAUUUAACCAGAGUUUUCGUUGGAAUUGUUGAUGUAUGUCAACUCUAAUUUCACCAGAAUUACAGCAGACAGUCUGUUUCUGUCAAGCAGGGCCUCUGCUGAAAUUGGAAGUUUUGGUGAUAGGCUGUUUGUUUCCCUUGCGUUUCUGGAUAAAUUAAAAUCCAGGCCGUAAACAUCUGUGGAAUCUUCAUGCUAAUUUUUCUGAUAAUUUGCUCAGAUUUAGGUACCCUGGCCUCCCCUGCUAAAUUGGAUACUAAAUCUGAGUACUGUUGUCUGAGGUCAACCGAUGAUUUUCUUGUUCCAUUCCACCUCUCCACAAAUUGUGAUCCCUCAUUGAUGUUCUUGUCAUGUUUCAAUUUGUCGUCAGUAAACCUGAUUUUUCUCAAAAGACAGAUGAUAAAACUGGAUUGCAUGCAUUUCAUGCCUGGUGUACUUCGAAGCCAAUAUGUGGCCACUUGAAAAGUUACAAUCAUAAGGAUUUUAAAAAUUGCUAUUCUUUGCACUAUUUCAAUUAUAUGCAUCAGUACACUGAGACUGGAUCCAAUACGAUUGUUUAAAAAAAAGUGGAGGGGAAAAACUAUUAUAUUGAAGAACUCUGGCUGUAACCUAAACAUUGAACUGCACUGAAGUUUUCACCUCAGCUGGUGAGUGCAACUAUUUAUAGCUACCAGCAUUUUAAUAAUGGAUACCAAAUUUGUAUUAUUCUUUUAACGUCAAUAGAUAGAAAAUGUGCUUUGAUAUUGAGAACCAGUAUAUACCUGAGGUAUGGACAUAUAGUGCAACUAAAAUGAUUGUUCAAUAAAGAAUGACAACUACAAAAUUGAUUUUACAUAAGAUUACCAUGUCAGUAGCUUUUAAUUUUAUUGAUAGUACAACAAUCUGCCUGGCUGUAAUAGUACAGUAAAAAGUCAAGUCCCACUGGAGAGACUUAAACAUGGAAGAUUUGCAAGGAGUUUUCUUUUGUAAGAGGAGGGAUUGGGAUAUUGGGAUUAAUUUCAUAGCUCUAUGAAAGAGCUGUAUGAUACUUGAACUUAACUGCAGUGACACCACAAAACCUUAAAAUAAAUAAGACUAUUUAUUAAGUGAAAUGAAGUAUUUUUGUCUCACUUAGCCCCUCUUGUUAGUCUUACAAGUUAGUUUUGGGUACUGUUAGAAAACGUUGUGAUUUUAAUGCCAUGUAUAAAUUCAAUUAACCUGAUGUGUAUAAUGUACCAAGCACAGAUAUUAGUGCACAUGAUGAAAAUGUCUUAUGAUGAAGUGAUUGUGUAUGAGUCUUGAAGAGUUGUGACACAUGCUCCAUUCUUAAAGUUGCUGUUUAUUAUUUAUGCCAUUAAGUAUAAAUAUUUGUGUGAAUGUACACUUUGCUGAAUUUUCAUGAUUCAAAAACAAGCUAUUUGGCAGAGUGCUGAUGUUGUGCACCUUAUUAUUAUUUAGAAGGUUUGGAAUGAGUUGUCAGUCUUUCAGAAGUACAUUUCUUUUUAUAUUGUUUUGUGGAAGGAAAAUUUAGAAAUGGCUGAAGACAAGAGUUUGACCUAUUUUUAAAUAAACUUAAAAUUGUUGAGCAGUGAGCUAUUUUGAGCAAUAAAUGGAAAUCUGAAGGAGCAAUUCCUCACAUUUUCCCAAUCAAGCUAAUCUAGUUAGUGGCAAAAAUCAAUGAAGGAAGUAUAAUGUAAGAUUAAAGCUCAGUAGUAUUCACUGUCAAACACACCAUUAGGUUAUCAUAUCACUUAUAAGCAUCAGUUUCAUGGUCUUGGAUCUUUCUGCCAUUUUGCUGGUGGAAAUAAAGUAACAUGCUUUGUUUUCUUGAUUGGUCUUAAAUGUCAUUCCAACAACAUGACAUUUAUUACAUAGCCAGGAAAGAUUUAAUUUGCCAAUAUUUAACAGGUACCUAGUUCACACUCGCGUUUAAUCAAGUAGAUAUUGGACAGAUAUCUAAUUUAUAUUCAUGUCAAAUCUGCAAUCUCAUUCCAAGGCAGAAUGAUCAGAAAAUUCAGCUGAUGUACUCAUAAGCCAGUAAUCAAAAUAAAAUCUUGUUGCAAAGUAA